AUGACUCUGGGUGAAGGCAACUUCUCAGUUAUACGUCUGUGUGAAGGCAACUUUUCAGAUACAAGUCAUUUUGAAGGCAACUUCUCAGAUACACGUCAUCUUGAAGGCAACUUCUCAGAUAAACGUCAAUGUGAAGGCAACUUCUCAGAUAUACGUCAGGGUGAAGGCAACUUCUCAGAUAUACGUCAGGGUGAAGGAAACUUCUCAGAUACACGUCAUUUAAAGGCAACUUCUCAGAUACACGUCAAUGUGAAGGCAACUUCUCAGAUACACGUCAAUGUAAAGGCAACUUCUCAGAUAAACGUCAAUGUGAAGGCAACUUCUCAGAUAAACGUCAAUGUGAAGGCAACUUCUCAGAUAUACGUCAAUGUGAAGGAAACUUCUCAGAUAAACGUCAAUGUGAAGGCAACUUUUCAGAUAAACGUCAAUGUGAAGGCAACUUCUCAGAUACACGUCAGUGUGAAGACAACUUCUCAGAUAUACGUCAAUGUGAAGGCAACUUCUCAGAUAAACGUCAAUGUAAAGGCAACUUCUCAGAUAUACGUCAAUGUGAAAGCAACUUCUCAGAUAUACGUCAAUGUGAAGGCAACUUCUCAGAUACACGUCAAUGUAAAGGCAACUUCUCAGAUAAACGUCAAUGUUAAGGCAACUUCUCAGAUAAACGUCAGGGUGAAGGGAACUUCUCAGAUAUACGUCAGGGAUGAAAGCAACUUCUCAGAUAUACGCAAGGGUGACGGCAAAUUCUCAGAUAUACGCAAGGGUGAAGGCAACUUCUCAUAUAUACGUCAGGGUGAGGGCAACUUCUCAGAUAUACGUCAGGGUGAAGGCAACGUCUCAGAUAUACGUCAGGGUGAGGGCAACUUCUCAGAUAUACGUCAGGGUGAAUGCAACGUCUCAGAUAUACGUCAGGGUGAAUGCAACGUCUCAGAUAUACGUCAGGAUGAAGGCAACGUCUCAGAUAUACAUAUACGUCAGGAUGAAAGCAACUUCUCAGAUAUACGCAAGGGUGACGGCAAAUUCUCAGAUAUACGCAAGGGUGAAGGCAACUUCUCAUAUAUACGUCAGGGUGAGGGCAACGUCUCAGAUAUACGUCAGGGUGAAGGCGACUUCUCAGUUAUACGUCAGGGUGAAGUCAACUUCUCAAAUAUACGUCAGGGUGAAUGCAACGUCUCAGAUAUACGUCAGGAUGAAGGCAACGUCUCAGAUAUACGUCAGGGUGAAGGCAACGUCUCAGAUAUACGUCAGGAUGAAGGCAACUUCACAGAUAUACGUCAGGGUGAAGGAAACUUUUCAGAUAUACGUCAGGAUGAAGGCUACUUCUCCGAUAUACGUCAGGAUGAAGGCAACUUUUCAGAUAUACGUCAGGAUGAAGGCAACUUUUCAGAUAUACGUCAGGAUGAAGGCAACUUCUAA